UCUCUUUGCCCCGGGCGGGGAGCCGCCCGGGGUGUCACUCGGGAGGAGGGUGUGACCCCGCCCCACUCCCUUGCCGCUGGACAGCAGCUUGAUUAAUGACUCUCCCGCCGUGGGGAAGUGGGCGGCCGCUCCCGUAAGCCGCAGGCUGCGGAGCGAAGAGGACUGGUGUUCAGGUGAGCUCCGGGUUCCCCACUGCAGACAGCCCGCCCCGUGCCUUAUAAAAGGCUCUGCCGGCAUCUGCCAGCGGGAGACGAGGGACAAUGUGACCGCGGAAGCAGGGAGGCUGCAAGCUCUGCGCAGACUAGACAGAGCUCGGCUCCCAGUCCGGAUUGGAUCGGCGCCCGCCAGCCCUGCCUCCCUACUCCGACCAGCUGCGCUCCGGGCAGCGCCAAGAGGAAAAAGAGAGCACUAAUGACAGCAGAUCUCCAACUUGGGAGAAACCAGCCCCUGUCAUAUAUGAAAUAUCUGGCAUACAUUCAGUAGUUUUGCCUGAGCAAAGGCUGCAGAAUCAGGUCCUUCAGGAGGUCCCUGUCCACCUUGGAAGUCACCAAUGGACUGUAGAAAUGUAUCUGAGAACAGCAAGGAGAUCUCCAGCUCUUGUUUGGAGCCUGACUCACUGCUGGCCCCAGCAUCUGGCAGUGAUUCUUGCUCCUCCUCCUCAGCCGGACGAGUUGGGGCAACUGCUGGGAGACCAGCAGCUGCAAAUGCUGCCCGGGAGCGUAGCCGAGUGCAGACCCUGCGCCAUGCCUUCCUGGAGCUGCAGAGGACCCUCCCCGCUGUGCCACCUGACACCAAGCUCUCCAAGUUGGAUGUGCUGCUCCUAGCCACCACCUAUAUUGCACACCUCACCCGUAGCCUGCAGGAUGAGGAAGAGUUGUCUGGGGAGGGCUUGGGCACCCUGAGAGGGGAUGGCUACCUGCACCCUGUCAAGAAAUGGCCAAUGCGAUCCAGGUUAUAUAUUGGAGCUACAGGACAGUUUUUGAAUCACUCUGUGCAAGCAGAAAAUGCAAACCAAGGAGAAACAUCAACAAAUUCACAAAGCUAAUCUACCUUGUCCUUUCUGAAAAUUAUUAUAUUUAUUACACCAGAUAUAUUUAAGUUAAAACACAUUUUCAAACAAACUAUAAUUUCUGAUAUAUUGUUAACGGAUGAGAGAGAAUUGAUUUUUAAAUGUAUGUAAAACCACAUUAAGUAAAUGUGAAAUUUAAUUUGUCCCUAGCAGUGGUGGAAAUUGGUGAUGUCCAAAAUGGGUGGGCAAAACUGACAGACAAUUGCACUCAGAGCUAACUUAAAGCAGCACCCAAUGCAGUGAUACAGUACUCUUAAUGAAUCAAUACAGAGUAGGUACUGUACCAUACCCAGAACGAAGGAUUCACAGAAUACGUUAUAUAGGAACAAAUGCAAUAUAAACCAUGUACAGUGCAAUGCAAGUUUCAACUAAAAAGCAAACACAAGGAUGUCUAAAGAAAUACAAACAAGACCAAAGAGAUAUACACUUUCUACACUGUGGAUGAAAUCCUGGUUCCACUGAAGUCAACGGCAGAACUCCCAAUGACUUCCAUAUGGUCAGGAUUUCACCCUAAUAAUCUAAGAUGACCUUAAAUUUCUGAAUUUUCUCUGAAAAUGUGAAUGUAAGUUCAUUGUCAAGUGAAAGGUGUCCUGUAAUCCCCCCUACCCCCCCAACAUAAACAAAUGCAAACUGCUUUGUAGAUUAAAUGUAGCAGUAAUAUAUGUUUACAAUAUAAAUUAAAUAUUGCUUGUACUGGUGUAUAUUAUAGUGUCACAGGUUACAUGGUUUGAAAUGUACAAAAUGUGUUUGGGGAUUAAUUCAAAGGUAUAACUUGUUUGCUUACAUAGCAGGAAUUAUUUACUUUGUCUUUAAGGAAUGUGAUGUAUUCAAGAAAACUGAGCCUUUAUGUUAGGCUGAUUUACUACACCCUGUUCAGUUAAAACAUUUGCUGUGAAUAGGCAACAGUAUCUGAAAUUAAAUACAUAGUGAGAUAUCAUUCAAUAGUUUCCAUUAUGUAAAACUUUGUCAUGGUUUACACAGCUUACUGUUGAUGCUAAAACUAACAUUUUAUUAAAUACUCUUAAUUAGAAACUUCUACAUAAAUUCAGCUGGGCUGCAAAUUAAUUUUUUAAAAUCUGCAUCAGCUUAAUUUCUGAUUGCACAAGAAACAAUAAACUUUUAUAAUAAUAAUCAUACUUUGCACCUUUAUAGUAACU